UUUAGAAGUCAGUUGAGCAUAAAAAUUCAUACGGUUCGGUCUGCCAAAAUAACUUAAAAACUACUAAAAAAAUAUUGUAAAUGCAUAAAUAAAUAAAAAAAAUAUUGAACGAGUUACCUUAACUACCAUUAAAGCAAAGUAACGGAUAUUAUCGAUUUCAAAAAAGCUAAAAAAAAUACUUCGGCAAAUAAAAACAUUAUUACAACAUUUGCAAGUGUAUUACAAAAUAUCAAACAAACAAUAACGACAAAGAAAAAUCAAAAAAUAAUAAAAGACAACAACAAAUCGAAAUAAUAACGAAUGAAUUUUGAAAAAAAUUAUCUUUAAAUACAAAAAGUGAUAAUGUUUUCAUAGCACAAUCAAGUUUGUUUGCUUUUAUUUUAAUACAUAACUAGAAAAUAAAAUCGAUCCUUUUUACACACGCUAACAAAAUAGUGGAAACAGAAAAAGUGUUCAAUAAUCCUUAAUUGUUCAAACAACAAAGUCAAAAUCAAUUAAAUAUUUACAAUGAAUAGUAACGUAACAUCGGGUUUCGAUAUUGCUGCCGAAAUAGCAAGCAUUGCUAUCGAUGAAUUCAAAACACACUAUGUGACCAAAAAUUUCACAGGAUUAAUACAAAGAUAUUAUCAUUUGGUCGAAGAGGACUUUGGCGAUCCCCGGGCCAAACGUUUCGCACUUAUGGAUAGCCCGCUAUAUACUUUUGGUUUAGUCGGCGUAUACUUGUCGUGGGUUCUGGUGUUAGGACCUUUAUUUAUGCGUGAUCGUAAGCCAUUCCAACUAAGACGUUUACUUGUCAUUUACAAUGCAUUCCAAGUGGCCAUCAGUGCAUAUAUGUUCUAUGAACAUUUAGUGGCAGGUUGGCUAAGUUACAAUCUUAAAUGUCAACCCGUGGAUUACAGCGACAGUCCAAUGUCAAAAAGAAUGUUAAAUCUUUGCUACGUUUAUUAUUUAUCAAAGUUGACUGAAUUCGCCGAUACAGUAUUUUUCGUGUUGCGUAAAAAAUCGAAUCAAAUUACCUGGCUGCAUGUGUACCAUCACUCAGUAACACCUUUGGAAACAUGGAUUUUAGUUAAAUUUAUUGCCGGUGGUAAUGCAACCUUUCCCAAUUUGUUGAAUAAUUUCGUGCACGUUUGCAUGUACUUCUAUUAUAUGAUGUCCGCUAUGGGUCCAGAAUACGCCAAAUUUUUGUGGUGGAAGAAAUAUAUGACAGAAUUGCAAAUUGCCCAAUUUGUUCUUUGCAUCGUCCACACAGUACGCGCCUUAUUCAGUCAACAAUGUCAAUUCUCAAGAUUCAUUUCAACUUUGUUGUUGCUCAAUUCUUCGAUCUUCUUCUGUUUGUUCAUGAACUUUUACGUACAGGCCUACAAGAAGGGCAAGGAUCAAAAGACAAUAGCAGCGACUACUCCAUCGUCCAAUUCAGUAAGGACAUGUGCAGCUGAAUUGCAACAAAAGCAGAGACAGAAGGCGUUCGAAAUGAACAACAACAACAACAACAGUCAAGAUGUGUUGCCACUUUUAAGUGAAAAGAAGAUGAACUAAUGACGUUAAAAAUCAUCAUUUAGCCAGACCUGUUAACUGAAAUAUGCUAAAUGCAUGUAGUAUCUACAUACAUACAUACAUCCAUGUACAUGUGCGUAAAUGUAUGUAAAUCUAUAUGUAUAUAGACACACUAUAUACCUAUAUAUUUAUUUACAUAUGUACAUAUAUAACAAACCUAUAUACAAAUGUGUAUGUGUGUUUUUGUUGUAUAUAUAGUAAGUACUACAUAUGUAUCCAUAUACAUAUGUACAUAAAAACACAUGGAAACAAACGAAUAUGUAUUAGAUUUAUGUACAUAUGUAUGUAUGUAGAUAAAUAAGUAUAUUAUGUAUAAUUAAAAUAGCCAUUUUAACAAUGUACUAUAUAUGUAUGUAUGUAUAUGUACUACAUACAUAUGUGUAUAUACUACUUAGUAUGUACAUAAUAAGACUUAAAGAUACCUUGUUAUCUAAAUUAAUCUUAUUCUAUAUUGGGGGUCGUUUUUGAAGAUCCUUUUUGUAUGUAUAUAUACAUAUGUAGAUAUGUACAUGAAAUGCUACAAGUAAAGUCAUAUUCAAAGUAUUUAAGUAUGUUUUUUAUGCCUUUAAUGCCUUUAAGUGUAAAUAAUUAGUAGUAUGUAGUAUGUAUGUAUAUUGUAAAGUUUUAUUAUUAAGUUCUAAUGUAUGAAUGAAUGAAUGGACAAUCUGUCUAUAAGUUUUCACUUACAAAGAAAGAAAAAACCAAACACACACAGAUGUUAGCAAUCUAAUCUAAUGUCGUUUCAUCAGACACAACUGUCAACUGUCAAUUGACUAUGAAUAUGAUUGACCUUUAAAUUAAAGGUCAUGAAUAUGAAAUGACAAUUGUACGUUCGUUGAAAUUGUCUGCUAAAACGAAAACUAGGAAUGUAUAACUGAGUAAGGAUUUUUUAAUUUCCAAGUGUAAAUUAAUUGUUCUCUUAAACUUAAACUAGUCUUAAUCGCAAAUACAAAGUACUAUAUACUUACAUGCGUACAUAUCCAUACAUACAUACAUAUAAUAUAUACAUGAAGUACAUACAUAUGUAUGUAUGCAUGUAUAUGGAUGUGUGAAAGUUAAUUUUUUUUAUUAAUUAAUUUUAGAAUAGUGGUUAGUUAUAAACAAUUAUGUUAAUAGUUAUAUAAUAAAUAGAUAGAUACAUACUUUGGUGUAAAAUUAUACUAUUUUUAGUUUAAUCUUUUUUAAUGAACUAUUUUUUAAUAAAAAUAAAAAUCGAAAAUUUAAACAAAA